AUGUUCUCACCGAACCGGGCAGAGCGGCGACGAUGCAUCGACUUCGUUCGAGCUUUGGAUGAGGCAGAAACGGGCGGGGUGCACAGCCAGGCCAUUAGCAGGGCCCUGCUCCAGCACACCACCUCCCGAUGUCAAGAUCUCACGUCUGCACUGGAUGCCGACAACGCGGAGUUGCGGCUGGAGGUGGUGCGCGAGCUGCGAUCGCUGCUGCAUGCGUUGGUUGAUCAUCGGAACAAGCUCAUGAGAGAUCAGGAGGAGGAUCAGGCCGCCCGGGAUCCCGACGAUCCUGCCUCUGGGGAGGACGAGCGAGUCGCCAUUGGCCGCCAUGCGAAGAGCCUCGCGCCGUACAUGGCGGAUCCCGAUCCAAGAGUUCGCAUCGCUGUCGUGGAAGCCGUCACAAGCAUCAAGGCCUUCGACCUCUCCUGCUUAAAG